UUGAGAAAAUAACGUUACGUUCGUAAAUAAUUAUUUAAUUUAGUUUAGUUAUUUCAUGUUGUAUGGUUUAUGAAACUGUGUUAAAACUGAAAUUAAUAGUGAAGUGUGUGUUGAAAGGAUUUUCCAGUGUCAUUUUAUUUGAAUGAGCUGCGCACCGGCCGCCAUCAUGCCUUCGCAAGCGCGCUGCGACCGCGUCCCCCCCACCGACGGCACCCCCUGGGGCGCCCUCGACCUUACCCUCCAGGAUGACGACUUGCCUAUCGAUCCCCGUCGCUGGAACCGUCAGCAGGUGGGCACAUGGGUGUCGCGCCGGGGCGGCCGCGCCGAGCGUUUCCCCAUGAACGGCAAGGCGCUGUGUCUCAUGACCAGGGACAUGUUCCUGGCCAGGGUACCUGGGAAGGGACACGAGCUAUACCAGGACUUCAGAAGAAGGCUCGCCAAGGCUCUGGCGCUACAGGAUUUGCUCGAAAAAAUGGUGCCAAAAUGAACAGAUUCCAAUGCAUUUGAGGAUAACAUUUAUGGUUUAAAACAACCUUGCUUACCAAGUUAGCGGUAAAAACGUUUCUUCGUAAUAAGUUAAUAUACCUCCGUCUCGAAUGAUCCUCGCUAAGAGAAAAAGAGAAGUCGGUUAGAUGUAAGUUUAUGCUUACUUUAUAUGUAUAAAUGUAACGUUUUCAACCAAAAGGUACCACAUUGUCGCUUGUUGAUAAGGUUGAUUUUUAAUUGAAGCUAUAUGGAAAUAGCGCCUUACUGACAAGCGACAAUAAGUACCCUUUUGGCAGUUUUGGCUGAAAAUGGCACAAAUGUCGCGGUUAAAUGCCAAUUUAUUCGUCAUUAAAUGUUCUAUGACUAUGACACGGUUUUUGCUUUGACAUUUUAGCACUAUUACUAAUGUUUCUCACCAGAGGGCUCGGGUAGGUAGUAGAAAAAUUGUAAUACCAAAGAAACAAGUCCUUCAAAGUUGACUGCUGAAUAAGAUGGCGCUUUAUUUCAAAACUUGAAACCUAGUUGCCUAUCGCAUAAAGUAUGACCCUUACUUCAUGCGCCAUCUACCUACUUGAACUGUCAUUUGUAGCAUGAAUUGUUCUUAGAAUUUACACUUUUA